UUAAUUAACGGUUUUGUUAAUUAAAAGCCCCCAAAAUGGCGGAUGCGGGUGGGGCGGGGCUCGUGCGCGAUGGGAGGGCGCGGAGCGCCCCCUGUUGGCCCUAAAAAAAUCCAAAAACCCCGAAAAAUGCGCCCCGGCGCGCGGGGAGGCGUGGUUUUAUCUGGGCGGUGCUCAUUCGGGGGCGGCUCCGCCCAUGGGGGCGUGGCGCCAGGGGAGGCGUGGCCUCGUGGCGGAAGCGGCGGUGGCGCGGGACGCGCGAGAAUGUCCUCGGGCCGCGCCGCAGCUCCGUCCCCGCCGCCCGGGGGGCUCCCCGGGCUCCCCCCCCGCCGCCGCCGCCGGGGCCCGGCUCCGGGGCCCCCCCCGGGCUCCCCCUCCCCUCCCGCCGUGCCGGGCAGCAAUGACGUGUUCGUGACGUCACGCUCGGAUUUCCGGGCGCAGCUGCGGCGCUGCCAGCGGCUCCUGGCGCCGGGCGGGGGUCCCGGGGGUCCCGGGGAGCUGCGGCUGCACGGGCUGGGGCUGGCCGUGCCCCGCACCAUCAACCUGGCGCUGCAGCUGCAGGCGGGCGCGGGGGGCGCCCUGCGGCUGCACGCCAGCACCUCCUCCGUGCCCCUCCGGGACCGCCGGGACCGGCACCGCGACCGCCCCGACCGCGGCCACAGCGGCGACCGGGAGGACCCCGACGGGGACCCGCCGCGCCACAACUCGGCCAUCCACAUCCGCCUCUGCCGGGAGGCGCCCUGCGCCUGACCGGGUCCCCAGGCCGCCCCCACCCUCCGGGGGUCCCCAAAAUGCGCCAGGGGGACGGCCCGGAGCCCACCCGGAGCCGGUCACGGCCGCCGGGAACCCGCGAGGACUUGGGGACACCGAGAUGCAACCAAGAGUUGUUUGAGGCCACCACGGUGGCCUCGGGGACGCUGUGACCUGGAUGCUUUGGGGACACGGGCGAUGCCACCGGAGGCUCGAGGCCACCGAGCUGCCACCAACGGGUCAAGGGUGCCGCGAGCCAGGGCCACCUCGAUGUCACCUCGGGUCCCUUGAUGUCACACGGAGCUCUCGGUGUUACCCCAAACCCUCAAUGUCAUCCCGGGUCACUCAGUGCCACCCCGAGUCCCUUGGUGUCACCCUGAGCCCUCGGUGUCACUCUGAGCCACUCAACGUCACUCCAAACCUUUGAUGUCAUCCCGGGUCCCUUGGUGUCACCCUCGGUGUCACCCUGAGCCCUCGGUGUCACCCUGAGUCCCUUGGUGUCACCCUGAGCCCUCGGUGUCACCCUGAGCCCUCGGUGUCACCCUGAGUCCCUUGGUGUCACUCUGAGCCCUCGGUGUCACCCUGAGCCCUCGGUGUCACCCUGAGUCCCUCGGUGUCACCCUGAGCCCUCGGUGUCACCCUGAGUCCCUCAACGUCACUCCAAACCCUUGAUGUCAUCCCGAGUCCCUUGAUGUCACCCUGAGCCCCCCCCACAGCAGCCUGGGGACUCUGGAGUGACAUGAGAAGGUGGCACAGGGAGGUGACACCCCAAUAAAGUCGGUGGCAGCAGCA